GCCCUCCAGCUGGGCCGCGUCCAGCUCCGCCCCCUGCAGCGUCCAGCUGCAAAGGGCGGGCACCAGGCUUGGAGGAGGGACCCCGUCCCGAGGGCUGGUGGCCAGGGGCCGACUGAACCCCUACGACGUGCGCAGGCAGCAGCGAGAGUGCGUGCACCCCCACGACCACCCUUCCACUUCGCCCCCAGCCCCCGCUGCAGAGGCGCCCGGGAGGCGGGAGGGGCGGGGUUUCUGCUGGGGGCGUGGCUACCGCGCUGGCCCGGCUGGGUAUCGGCGGCCGAGGCGGAGCGCGCAGGACGCCUGGGACGGCGAAGGCUGGAGCGCGCCAGGUCAGCCGCAGCUCGCUGCAGGCAGUGUGACUCACAGCCGGCUGUGUGGCACCUGUGGAGCAACAGCAGAGAGGAUGGCCCAGGUCCUGCAUGUGCCUGCCCCGUUCCCAGGGACUCCUGGCCAGGCCUCCCCAGCAACCUUCCCCAGCAAAGAGCCAGACCCACCAUACUCUGUGGAGACGCCCUAUGGCUACCGCCUGGACCUGGACUUUCUUAAGUACGUGGAUGACAUUGAGAAGGGCCACACACUGCGCAGGGUGCCCGUGCAGCGCCGGCCGCGCCUGGGCUCCCUGCCGCGGGGCCCGGGCUCCUGGUGGACGUCCACGGAGUCGCUGUGCUCCGACGCCAGCGGGGACAGCCGGCACUCGGCCUACUCCUACUGUGGCCGUGGCUUCUACCCACAGUACGGGGCCCUGGAGACCCGUGGCGGCUCCAACCCACGUGUGGAGCGCACGCUGCUGGACGCCCGGCGCCGGCUGGAGGACCAGGCGGCCGCCCCGUCGGGUGGCCUGGGCUCCCUGACGCCCAGUGCCGCGGGCUCCACCAGCUCCCUGGCAGGCGUGGGCCUGCUGCCGCCCACGCCUCGCAGCUCCGGCCUGUCCACCCCGGUGCCACCCAGUGCAGGUCACCUGGCCCACGUGCGCGAGCAGAUGGCCGCGGCCCUGCGCAAGCUGCGCCAGCUGGAGGAGCAGGUCAAGCUGAUCCCCGUGCUCCAGGUCAAGCUGUCGGUGCUCCAGGAGGAGAAGAGACAGCUCACGGUGCAACUCAAGAGCCAGAAGUUUCUAGGCCACCCCUCAGGGACCCGGGGCCGGAGUGAGCUCUGCUUGGACCUUCCGGAGCCCCCCGAGGACCCUGCUGCGCUAGAGACCCGCUCUGUGGGCACCUGGGUCCGGGAACGGGACUUGGGCCUUCCGGAUGGUGAAGCUGCCCUGGUGGCUAAGGUGGCCGUGUUGGAGACCCAGCUCAAGAAAGCGCUGCAGGAGCUGCGGGCAGCUCAGACCCAGCAGGCCGACCUCCCGCCCCAGGCCUGGCCACCGCCAGACACCCAGGUCCGUGUGGACACCGUGCGGGUGGUGGAGGGUCCUCGGGAAGUGGAGGUGGCGGCCAGCACGGCAGCGGGGGCCCCUGCACAGCGAGCCCAGAGUCUGGAACCCUAUGGAGCAGGGCUGAAGGCCCUGACCACAUCUGGGGGCACCGAGAACGCCCUCGUGUUCCGCAGCCACGAGGUGGUGGAAUCCAUGUGCCUGCUGCCCACAGCCACCACCAGCCACGUGCACACGGCCAAGAAGAUCAGUAUUACAGAGCGGAGUUGCAGUGGUGUGGCCAGGACUGCAGGUGGUCCACAGUCUCCUGCAGAGUCCUCCUCCGCUGCACAUCCUGCUGCUGUUUCUACGAAACAGUCUGAGGAUCCUGACCAGGCAGCUGCCCCGGACACCACUGACAGGGAGCCCACCAGGCCAGCAGCGUCCCAGGAGACACAAGUGGCUGAGGGCGCAGGCAGGGUCUCUGUGGGAGUGCAGUCUACCCUGAAGAGGAAAGAGGACCCUGCAGACCCUGGAGUCCCCCAGAAGAGCCUCCAGUUUGUGGGGGUCAAUGGCGGGUAUGAGUCCUCGUCGUCGGAAGACUCCAGCACAGCAGAAAACUCAGAACAGGAGAGCACAGAGAAUGGAGCUCCAGAGCCACCGGCGAGGGUCCCGAGCACGGCUGAAUGCCCCCAGGUCAGGCCUCCCGGGACUGCAGCGGCCAAGGCCGGUCUGGAAGAGAGCCCACUCCCCCAGGAAGCUCGGCGUGUGCCCGCAGCCGGGGCGGCAUCAGGACCCAACUCUGAGGACGAAAUUCGGAUGGAUCUGAGCCCUGACCUCAUAUCAGCCUGCUUGGCCCUGGAGAAAUACCUGGAAAACCCCAAUGCUCUCACUGAGCGAGAACUGAAAGUGGCCUAUACCACGGUACUUCAGGAAUGGCUGCGCCUGGCCUGCCGCAGUGACGCACACCCUGAACUUGUGCGGCGACAUCUGGUCACCUUCAGGGCCAUGUCGGCCCGGCUGCUGGACUAUGUGGUCAACAUCGCCGACAGCAAUGGUAACACCGCGCUGCACUACUCCGUGUCACACGCCAACUUCCCUGUGGUGCGGCAGUUGCUGGACAGUGGUGUCUGUCAGGUGGACAAGCUGAACCGUGCUGGUUACAGCCCCAUCAUGCUUACUGCUCUGGCCACCCUGAAGACCCAGGAUGACAUUGAGACCAUCCUUCAGCUCUUCCGGCUCGGGAAUGUGAACGCCAAAGCCAGCCAGGCAGGACAGACGGCCCUGAUGCUGGCAGUCAGCCAUGGACGGGUGGAUGUGGUCAAAGCUCUGUUGGCCUGCGAGGUGGAUGUCAACAUUCAGGAUGAGGAUGGCUCCACAGCCCUAAUGUGUGCCUGUGAACACGGACACAAGGAGAUCACUGGGCUCCUGCUGGCUGUGCCUGACUGUGACAUCUCACUCACCGAUCGAGACGGGAGCACCGCACUGAUGGUGGCCCUGGAUGCAGGGCAGAGCGAGAUCGCAUCCAUGCUGUACUCACGCAUGAACAUCAAGUGCUCGUUCGCUCCCAUGUCAGACUACGAGAGCCCGGCAUCAUCCUCAGCCGAAGAGUAAACCCGGAGAGGCCGGUGACUCCCCAAGGACCGCCAGCCACACAGGCAAAGCGUCCCUACCCUCAUCCCUUUCUGCCCCGCGCUUCCUCAGCCUUGCUCUCCAAGGCAGACCCCCUCCACUUCUCGGGGGAGUCCUGACAUCUACAGACUCCAGCUCCACAGAGCCUUUCCCAGCACCCGGGGUUCAAAGCCACAUUCAAAGCCAAAAGCCAAGCUACAUUCUCCUCCAGUUGGCCCCAGCUGCUGCCACCGGGUGUGGGUUCUUGUGAAGAGCGGGAGAACAAUCAGCCGGCAAUUAUGGGAGGAGUGGGGCUCGAGGGGAAAAUACUGUAUUUUUGAGUCAUUGUUAGGGGAGGGGAGGGGUCAGAAUUUGAGUUGCUAAAUUCGAAUGUCCCUGGAAUGUUAGUCUCCUUUGUGCGGACUUCACCACAGCAGGUCUCCACAAGGCCUGCUUAGUGCCCUUUAUUGCCUCGUUUCAUUGUUUAGUGUAUAAUAGGGUUCUGUCCACCGCCCUCCACCCCCAGACAGCUUUCUUGGGGGCUAAGGGUGUCCCUUGGGAUUGCCUCACAGAACAAGGGUCUGUCGUUCUUGAGCCGUCUGUCCCCACAUGGAAAGCAGGGUUUUCAUUUGUCUUUUUCUUUUUAUUAUCUGUCACUGACCCUGUCCCCCCCACACACACAUUCAAGUUGGGGCGCUUCAUCACCCUGCACUUCAGGUCCUGGUGGGCCCUGUGACUUGGAAAUGACCAACUUCCGAGGAGGAAGGACACAGACCCACCCAUUCCCCACAGGGAGAGCUCAGGACGCAAGAAUGUUCCUAGAAAAACUUCCAGACCUACACACCAAAGAGAAAGAGGCCAUUUCAGAGUGCCUCCCAGCAUUGGAGCCCAGAACUGCUCUCCUCAAAGGAGAGCAAACAGGGAUGUGAUACUGACCAAGUACAGACGAGUUCCACAGCCCAUGUGUUCCUGAUUAGGCGCUGGCUGGCCUCAGAACACACCCAGAGCUAGCUUAAAGUGACAGGCUUUGCUGAAAGCCAGAGGGCCGGAUAAGUGGUUGUGUGUGUGUGUGUGUGUGUGUGUGUGUGUGUGUGUGUGUGUGUGUGUGUGUUUAAAGGCCUAGACAGGGCACAGAUAGCCUGCACUUUUCUCUUACUGGACCUCCCCCCCCCCCCAGAAUCUCAGCAUGGUUUUUGUUUUUUCUUGUUCCUUUUCUUUGUAAAGAAGAAAGGAAACAACUUCUAAAUGUGCCUUGUGAUCAGGGAGCACGCCUCUCUCAAGUCUCCCAGUUUUAUCCAGGACACAGCUGAACCCACUGGGCUUUGAAGCCAGACCUCAGCAGGGCAGGGUUGAGGCUCGGACUAAAGGAAAGUGCUGGCUUCUCUUCCAGACAGCUAGGUCUCUCGGUUUGAUGGAGUCUUACUCGGCUUGAGUUUUGUUAGAGGGAUUUGUCUAAGGCAUGAGAAGUAAGAAGGAUGGGUGGAUGGAUAGAUGAUGGAUGGAUGGGUGAGUGCAUGAAUAGGUGAAUGGUUAGACGAGUGGGUACGUUGAUGGAUGGGUAGAUGAGUGCAUGGACAGAUGGACGAGAGUGUGGAUGGAUGGGUAGAUGAGUGAUGGAUGAGUAAGGGGUGGGCUGGUGGGUGGAUGUCAUGAUGGAUCUUUGCACGUGUAUGAAACAGAACUGUGGGAGAGCUGCUGGUGUCUGAGGGAUGCUCACAGCCUAGAGCACAUUUGAAAGGCAGUGCUCUGAGCUGAGCCCAUAGUUCCAGCCUGGAAGCCAGGGAGGGAGUUUAUUUUAAAGUUCUGGAAGCAUCAUCUGUGAUCCCAAAGCACAUGGCUCCUCGUGGAAGCCCCUGUCUGUCUCUGCCACUGCUUCUGUCUGCCUGGGCGACACCGGGGUCGGACACUUGUCCCUACUCUCUUUUUGUAUACUCAAUCCCACUUUGCCACCACGGUACAUCCACGAAGACAGUGUUACACGUAAAUGAAGUAUUCUUUUCUUGUAAUCAUGUUUUAGAAAGUAAAAGGAUUUAAUAAAGCUACAAACAAUG